AUGGAGAACACCACUGGUUCUUCUUACUUUAACCUCACCAUGUUUGCCGACAUUGGACACUAUCGCUACCCAGCCUUCAUUUUUUGCUUUCUGCUUUACAGCUUUAUUGUCUAUGCUAAUUCUGUUAUACUAAUUGUGAUAUAUCGUGAAAGAACACUUCAUGAGCCUAUGUUUAUGUUUGUUGCUUUAUUAUCUGUGAAUUCUUUGUAUGGCUCCACUGGUUUCUUUCCCAGAUUCCUUGUGGAUCUUCUGUCUGUUGGUCAUUUAAUCCCUCGUACUGCUUGUUUCACUCAGAUCUAUAUCAUUUACACAUAUGGCUGCAAUGAAAUGACUACUCUUGGCAUUAUGGCCUAUGAUAGGUAUGUUGCUGUAUGUAAACCUCUACAUUAUCACAGAAAGAUGACCUCUGAGACUGUUGUGAAGUUAGCACUAUUGGCUUGGAUUUAUCCAGCUUUUGGUCUAUUAGUAUGUAUAUCUUUGUCAUCUAGGCUGCCUUUAUGUGGUAACAAGAUACAGAAAGUGUUUUGUGCCAACUGGAAUAUUGUAAAACUGUCAUGUGUUAACACUGAUGUUAACAAUAUUGUUGGUUUUCUGUUGACCAUAACAACAGUUUUCCUUCCCCUUUGUUUUGUCCUAUUUACCUAUGUGCAAAUUGUAGUUGUCUGCUCGAAGAGCUCUGCUGAGUUCAAAGGUAAAGUACUACAAAGUUGUCUGCCACACAUGGUCUCAUUUGUGAUUUAUUCCAUCACUGGAUUUUGUGAUAUUGCAUUGAGUCGUUUUGAUAUAGAAAACUUAAAUCCGUUUGCGGCUGUUGUUCUUUCGCUUGAGUUUGUUGUCAUUCCUCCAGUUUUGAAUCCCCUCAUAUAUGGUCUUAAAUUACCAGAAAUCAGGAGGCACAUUUUACAAAUGUUAUCAUUGCAUAAAAGAUUCUCUUAA